AUGUCGUCGACGGUGGAGGGCGUCGGAAAGUGUAGCAAGCCGGAGGUGGAGGUCGGGGUGCAGCACGUGACCUGCACGGAGGACGCGGCUGCUUACGUGGCAUUGGCAGCGGCGAUGGAUCUGAGCAUGGAUGCUUGCCGGCCGUUUUCUCGGAAGCUCCGGAAGGAGCUAAGGCAGCAGUAG